AUGUCUAGUUCAUUAUCUUUGGUUGCCAAAUAUUUGGAUGCAUCAAAGAAAUCUGAAUUGGCAUUGAAAUUAACAGAUGAUCUUGGUAAAAAUGCCGACAGCCUAGUCGCAUUAUGUGAAUUGCUUGAUGUCAUAGAUACAGAAUCUAAAGAACUGAUUUAUCCUAGGAUAUUAGAGUUUGCUAACUUGAUAUUAGAUAAUAAGGACAAACACACAGAUGAUAAUUAUAGUGAUAUUUUGAUGUUGAUGAAAAAAUUACCUCAAUUGUACAAAAGUCUUUUGCAAAAGAUUAUCACACACUUUGAAUUGUACAUAAGUGAUUCCCCACUUAAUUUUUUGCCAGAAAUUAGAGAUAUAAUUUCUCGAAGUGAUGAAUAUGGGGUUCGUUCGUUGAAACCAAAUACUACUCUGGAAGGUCAGGCUUUAGACAAUGAGUAUAUUUUGUCUCUAUUCCAAUUUUUAGAGUAUGUUUUCGUUCGUCUGAAUGGUGAAAUACAAGGUAAAUCUGAAAUUGAUCCUAUAUUAUGUUAUUUUAUUGGUGUUGCUGAUGAAAGUAUUGCAGCAGUAGCUUCAAAAUUACUUCGUUGGAGAGUUGAAUCAAUCGUAAUUAUGAGCAAAGAUACUACAUUCGUUUGGGACAUAUUGUAUGCUUUGGAGAAAACUGACAAUAAGAUACAUAGGAGUAAUGCAUUCGUAUUCUGGUUACGGUAUUUGAAUAGCUCUAACAGUAAUUUGAUAACGAAUAGUGACAUAUAUCAGAGAAAAAUAUUAAAUAGCGAAAAAUACUGGAAAAUUAUUCAGAAUGGUCUUAAUAGUAAUUCCCAUGACCAUAGAAAGUUUUGUUUAUCACUCUUGCAACUAUCUGUUAAAUCAAUUAAAUCUUCGUUUAAGAAUGAAAUUUUGACAUGGGAUUCUACCUUAAGAGAUCAACAUUUAAAAGAAUGGGCAAGAUACAUUACUUUGUUUGAAAUAUUGGGUGUUGAUACCUCUUUGCAUCAAGCAGAAGCUGGGGUCAAUGAUAUUGUAGGUUUGAUUUCUCCUACAUCUUUAAUUCAUCCUUCUUGGGGCUUCUGUUUGUUGUCUACUGGAUUUAAGGCGUCCAUGGACUCCGUUAGAAAGUUUUCCUUGAGUCUCCUCUUAUCCAUUCCAUUGGAAAAUUUAUAUUUAAUCAAGUAUGGAUUAGAAUACUUGGAAGGAGUCUAUUUGCCAUAUGCCAUGUUGGCCCCUCACUUUUCAGUAAAACUGAUGAACGGUGUAAAUGAAUGUCAAUGUGAAUAUGGUGAACGAUUAUGCGAGUUUGUUGCUAGUUUGUUGAAUAAUUUAAAAACUGAAGCUGAUUUUGAAGACGUUGCAUUUUCCAUUUUAAAGGUUUUAGAUAAAUUGAAGGAUGCAUUUGAUCCAGCCAGAGUAUACGUAACAUUAGGUUUACUUCGUGGUUUAGAUAAAAAACAAGUUUUGUCGUUUAGCAGACAUGAUGCAUUUUUAUUGAGAUUAUUUGAAAGUAAUUCAGAGGGUGACUUAUUUGAAUGCGCUAAUCAAACGAUGAAUUUGAGACUAGUACUAAAUUUUAGAUUAACUAGUUUGAAUAAUUUUAUCAAAUUAUUAGACAAAUUUAUCAAAUUCAAUGGGUUCAAGAUAGUCGAUGAAAAUUUGUCAUUAAUUGUGAAUUAUUUGGAAAGCAAUAAUGUUUCUUAUGAAAAAUUAAUGGUGUGUUUAAAAGAAGAAGAGAUGUAUUCUUCGGAUUUGAAAGCAUUGAUUGUUGGACUAUCCAAUUCUUUCUUUUCAGAUAAAACUGAUGAAGUUCUUGAAGUUUUAAAUAAGUCAGAUUUGAUUUUAGCAAAAGUACUCCGUUCCAAUUUUAAAUUGGAUGUAUUUCAAACAACGGAUGGAUCUAAAAUUGUUGAAAGCUUUUUUGCAAGGGUGCUCAAGGGUGAAGGAGACUUUGAUUUAUUUGAAACUUUAUCAGAGAUUGAUUUCACUUCCCAUAGACAUUUUUUACCUUCUGGUAUUAAUUUAAUUGAAUUAUGGGCUGUUAUAAAUGCUGAAGUACAGUCAGACGAUAGAUUGACUUUAUCACUACUGGUUAAUAGACUUAAAUUUUUGAACAAUAUUCUUGAUGCUAUUCCUUUAGUCAAAAUUGAAAAUCAUGAAAUCUUUGAUAUCAAACCUAUGGUUAAAUUUAACGAAUUCCUUUUCAUAAAUUCUAAAGAAGUCUCUAAGAAUUUUAAGACUUUCUAUAAAGUAAUAGAUGAUGCAUUUGGUGAGUAUUAUAGGAUUUUAUCACAUUCGCUACAAAAGCAGACCCCAACUGAAAUUGAAAUUGAUAAUAUAAUAAAGGUCAUUAACCCUAGUUGUACGCACUAUCACUCAAGUAUUUCACUUGUAAAGCUAUUGAAAAAUAUUCUUUUGCAAGAAUGCAUUUCGCUCCAGAUUAUAAUGAGUACAGUUGAAAGUUUGGGAGAUAUAUGGGAUAAUUUGAAUUCUUCUAGAUUACAAUUAAACCAAAAGGAUUUACAUGUAUUAAUAAUUAACACAUUAUUACAACCAAAAAUUAUAAAUGCUUCGAUAAAUAAUGAAACAAUUAGUAAACGUUUAUUCGUCUUCGGAAGAUCAAUAAUCGAAAAUGCUGAAGGAAGAAGGUGCUUGUUACCAUCUUUUACGAAGAACUUAUCAAACUACCAGAUAUAUGGGUCUGCUAGCUUUGAGAAGAUAGAUUGGAUCCCUGAACUUUUGGUGAGAAGUUUUACUGUCUUUCAAUUAAAGAGCAACGUUUUCAGAUUGGAAAAUGUUAUUGGUAAGCUUUAUGAUGAAAAAAUUUCUUUGAAUAAGGAAAAUAAUAUUUAUAACAAUAUUUAUGGAUCCGAGGAGAUAAGUGCUAAAAUUAAUCUCAUGGCUAUUUUUAAUUCGAUCAGAUCAUCUGAAUAUAGUUAUAAGAUAUUCCGCUUUAUAAUUGAUAAUGAAGAGGAGUUCAAUUUAUUUAAUGUUGUGAAAAAUACCGAUGGAUUUGAGGAAUGGAGAAGAAUUCAAUUAUUCACAAUCAUAAUAUCUAUCAUAGAUAAGAUAGAUAGUGAGGUAAUUAUAUCUCAGUACGUUCCAACCUUCAUCAAAUUAAUAGAGACCGAACCAAGCCCAUUGGUUAGAGCGUAUAUCGAGUGGAUAGUUGCCAUUAAUUUGUUGAAAAGUGAUGAACUUACCACGAUUUUAUUUGAUCGCUUGAAAGCAUUAAUUGAUUUAACUGGUUUAAAACCAGCCGUUGUAACUGCUUAUGAAAGAAUAUUAUUCUUAAUGAUCCAACAAUUACCACACGCUAAAGAAUCAAAAGCAUUAGGCAAGUUUUUAACAGUCAUUGUUCCAGGGGCCACGUCUAAUAAGGCGAUGACUAGGCAUUUCUCAGUUUCAUUAAUAUGCUCCAUCUAUCCAGAAAUACAAUCCAAAAAAUUGGCAAUAGAGCCUGAGUUGGUGAUUAUGAUUGAGAAUAUGUAUAAAAGUGCAGUAAAUUCAGAAUCUUUUGGUCAAUAUAGAAGUGGUGAUGCAUUGUUAUGGGAUAUUAAGCAAGAUUUGAAUUUAGUCAGCAUUGCAGGUGCACUUUUGAUGAGGUUGACCGAUCGUGAUGUUGAGUUCAUUACCAAGGAAGACUAUUUAGAACAUUUAUCGCAAGCACAAAUUGAUCAUUUGACUCACCCUGUUGGUGAAAACAUGCAAGAAUUGUGGAUAAGAGAACGUAAAUCGUUGGCAAAGAAAUCUGUCCAAACGAAAAUGGAUAUUUCACAAUCUGUAUCACAAUCUCCAUUACAGACCAAGAGUGGUGCUUGGAAUACGAUAAUGGAUAUCGAUGCGACUUCAAACGGCGCUGAUAUUAUUCGGAGUGACUUGAUCGUUGUAUCAUCAUUAGUUGAUAAACCUCCAAACUUGGGUGGAAUUUGUAGGUUAUGUGAUGUACUAGGAGCUGGUCUAUUGACCUUGAAUGAUAUCAAUGUUAAAAAUCACCCUCAAUUUAAGAAUGUUGCUGUAACAGCAGAUUACUGGAUGCCUAUGCUUGAGGUUAAACCUUCAGAAAUUAUAUCUUUUUUGAAAGAAAAGAAAAAAGAAGGCUAUACUUUAAUUGGGUUGGAACAGACCGAUAAGUCUGUUGAGUUGAAUAGCGAUUUGAAGUUUCCUAAAAAAUCCUUAAUUUUAUUAGGCAGAGAGAAAGAAGGAGUCCCUGGGGACUUGUUAGCUGAAUUAGAUUUUUGUGUUGAAAUUAAACAAGUUGGAGUUAUCAGAUCCAUGAAUAUUCAAACUGCAACGGCAAUUAUAGUGCAUGCAUACUCAACUCAGCACUGCUAA